AUGGAUCCAAACCUCCAAUCAGUCGAACUAGUCUCACACGAUGAAGAAUCGGGCGAGGUACGUCGACUUCACGGCAAUGACUAUGAGCUAGAAGCGACCUUCGACAUUUUCAAAGGCAACUUUCGUCUCCUGGAAAAGGUUCGCAACCAAGAAGCCGGGCGAGAGACACGACACAAAGAAGCUAUUUUCCUCAACCAGUCCAACAGCAGCUUCCUAAACCUGGAAGGAUUGAACGACAAUUCACUUCUCCUAUCCUUUAGACCAAAACCAGCCAUCAAAGCUGAAUUGGCUAAGAAAAUCAGACACUGUCAACAAAGUCACGACUUUAUCCACCAUACCGUUGACAGCCCGCUCUGCAAAGUUAUCCUUGACCACAGCAGCGAGAAUCGCAUCUUUUACUUACGCGUCCCAGAGGAUUGUCAUCAUGGCUGGAAAACAAUUGCUCUCGUCCUCCUCACAUACCGCAAGAUUACACCGAAGACUUGGUACAGGAUGGUGAUCAGUAAGAGUCUUCUGGAUGUUGCUGGCUUUGACUGGAGACACAUCUGCCAAAAUCUACAAAAGUGA